AUGCCCCUGGCCCCGCCCCCGGCCGCUGCACAGCCACCCAUCGCCCGCCUCCCCAGUCCCCACCCUCCCCUCCAGCUCUGCACAGGCGCACGGCGCCGCUCGCACCCGACCAGCUGUGGCCCGUGGUCCCACUCCGACCCUCCUCGCCUCUGCGCUCCCUGGCCGGCGGCCAGCCCGGCGGCCAGCCAGGCGGGCAGGCAGCCUAGCGCCGCGCACACGGAGCGCCGCACCGCGGCCACUGCCCCCCGGCUCGGCACCGCGGCCAGCGGCCCCGCCCCAACCCUCGUCGCCUCCGGCGCUCCCCAGCGGGCCAGCGCUGCACCGCGGCCAGCGCCCCCAGGCACGGCACCACGGCUGGCGGCCCCGCCUCGACCUUCCUCGCCUCCAGCGCUCCCCGGCCGGCCAGCCAGGAGGGCAGGCGGCUGCCUCCGGCCGAGCACUGCGCGCCUCGCCCCCAAGCUCCGCAUCGUGGCCGGCGGCCCAGCGCGCCGCUCCUGCACCCAAGCCCGUGUGCCGCUCCCGUCCCCGAGCUAG